AUGGGAACAGAGGACUCGCAUGAUUCCCCGACGGCCAUCGAUGUGUCGCCAUCUUCUUCGACGGCAGCCUCACUAUCCAAGUUUGAUGUUGCGGCGCUACGUCGAGACUUCGAGCGGCUCAGUGUGGACGACUUGACUGCUCUCGCCAGCUUCCCGGUCGAGCCCCACGAGCUCAUCGGUCGCGUCGUGGCAGUCACGCACUGUUUACUGCUAACCCUUGCGCCGGAACAUACAGCACUCGAGCUUCGUGCGCCUCCAUGGCCGCUGCUGAGGCUUCAGCUGCUGGAAAAUGCCCACAAAAUCUGGCGAAAACUUCGAAAGCGAGCGUGGCAACUGGAGACUGGAGUCAAGGCGCUAUCACCCCACGAUCGCUGCGUCUCUUGGCGCUUGGGCAGUCUUCUGCCUGCGUUGCUCCGUUGUGCCCUCCCCAUCAACCAGUCUCCGCUGUGA